AUGAUCCAACAACUUAUGGAGAUUGUUAUAAUUGCAGUUGACCGUCGAACACCUCACUCACGACUCACGUCCCUCCGUUGCUUCCAAUUUCCAUCAGUGGCAUCUCAAGACGACUCAUUUCUGCAAGCCAUCCGUUAUCACUGUGGCUCACUUCAGCUACUUCAUCAGAGAAAACUUCCUCUUGAUACGAUCUAUUUGGAGAUUCGAGAUGCUGCUGAAGGCUGGAAAGCAAUCAAAGAUAUGGUGGUUCGUGGUGCACCUGCAAUCGCCAUAGCUGCAGCACUUUCACUCGUUGUAGAAGCAUCUAAACUGGAAGGAUUUAGUGGUACACCAAAUGACGCAGCAUCGUUUCUCAAAACGAAAUUGGAAUACCUUGUCUCAAGUCGUCCAACAGCUGUGAAUCUUUCAGAUGCUGCAACUAAACUUACAGAGAUUGUUACGAACUCUGCUGCAACUGCUACAGAGGCUAACCAAGUGUUCCUUUGGAUGGAUAAGGAAGGAAAGACUCCUCUAAUAUUAGCUUCCAUGAAUCCACAGUUAUAUGAUGUCGCAAAAAACUUCAUAGAAUUGGGUACCAAUGUGAAUGGCUAUCGUCUAGGUCCCAACUUUUACCCUUGA